AUGGCGCUCGAAGGCCGGUGGGUGCUCGCCCUGUGGAGGGCCUGCAAUGUGCUGAUGGCCGCCUUCUUCGCGCUGGCGGCCUUGGUGCAGGUUAUAUAUGUGAUUCCUACAGUGCUGACCUUGCUUGUUGGACUUGACCCUCUUGUCACAGAUAACCUCAUCUGGAAGAGUGUCGCAGCAGUCCUUGCGUUCUUUUGUUUGGUGUGGGCUGCCAGCUUGGCACACUACCUCAUGCUUCACUCACAGUGGUUCGUCUUCCACGAGGAAGAAGGCAGGGAGCUGUUUGGCCUGGUGCUUAUCGUAGCAUGGAUGAGUCUAUGCCACAGUUCAUCAAAGAAUCCAAUUGGUGGAAGAAUUCGGGUGGUUGUUGCCAGUAUAACUGCUGUUUUACCAUUUAUUGCAUGGCUCUACAUAAGUAUUACCAAGGAGAUGCAAUCCCUCUGGACAACUCACUGCAAGAUGUGUUAA